UCCUGCAAAUUGGCAGAGGGAUGUCGCAGGGGUACUGGAGUACUGGACGAGCUUGCAGCAGUAGAAGCAGGCCAACUGCCAGCGUCCGCAUCAUUGUAGCAUGAUUCCAUAUCGCUUGAAAUUGACGCAGGGAUUAGUUAUCUGCUGGUGGCCUGGUAGGGCGUGAGUGGAGCGUAAUAUGGCUUUGGGGAUCUAUUGAGCCAGAGCUCAUGUCUCUGUACGUGCGUGUUGUCACGUUUCAGAGGUGGCCGGAGACGAUGCUGUCCCGUGCUGGAUUUCGCUGUGUUUCAAAUCGUAGCGCCGGAGUUGCUGCCUGGUUUUGCUGCAGUCUGAGAAGAGCCAAUUUAUAGAUGGUUUUGUUUCUCGAUAGUCACCGUAGUGGCAGCCUUAAUAAUGGGCAUAUUGCUUCACAUGGAUGGAGCGAAGAAUUGUCCCGGAGGCGUUGUUCUGUGGAGAGCCUAGUCUGUUGCGUGUGAACAGGAGCAAGAGGAGCUGCCCGUAAUCGCUGUCGCAGACUUGCGAGGGAAAGUUUGAGGCCGAAUCUGCACCGACGAGAUUUUUCAGAGGUUUUGGAGAAUUCAUCAGCAUACAUGGGAAAUACUGAAGGCUUCUUCCCUGGUUGCGCACAGCACCACUAAUCAAGGCGGUGCAGUGUGCUAUGCCUAAUCAAAGGAUGCCAGGGCGGAAGAAAGCAAACCUUGUCCACAGCCCUCGCAACCCUGGGCUGGCCACUAUCAUUGCGACUCCAGAACUGCAGAAAGGAACAUGUAAAGCUCGAACAAAUUCUACAUGCCACUCCUCAGUUAAUGCAAUAACUCCGGAAAAUGGUGCCGCACCUGUGUCUGGGCGAAUGGAGGAUGGUGCUGGAAAACAAGGGAACACCAAAGGGAGGCCAAAUUCAGGCCUACUACUAAGGGUUUGCCUGGGAAGUAGUGUUAGAUCGUAUUCCCACUCUACUGCUGCUGAAGCUAGAGAAGCCUGUCGAGCCCCCUUAGAUUGCAACAAUGUAAUGCGGGAGCUCAUCACAACCCCAUCCUCUCUUCCCUGUUCGCCCAUUGGUAGGCAGCGAGUCCUCUCGGAGAAUCUGACAGCUGACGAUACAAUCGGGAAAUCUGUAUAUGGCUCAUUAAAUGGACGCCACAUUAGCGCGAAACUUGCUGCAAGUGUGACUGGCAUUGAAGGACGAUUUGAGGCCGAGGAUACACAAGUGUGUGAGGAAUUAGCUCCCAUGUACCGCGUUAUUAUUCUUGCUCUAUUUACGACUGCCGCCUCAGCAGUCAAGGAUAAGAACAGGAUAGAGAUUCAGAGACUCUUGAAGAUUGUGGCUGAGCAGGAGAAUGAACUUAUUCUCAUGAGGCAGCAACUUAGUAAUCGGUUUGGCUCUCAAGACAUUACAGAGCCGUAUAACCGCCCUUCAACUCAAAUUGUAGGUGAUUUGCCAAGCUUGAAGAAUCUCCAGUGUCCUGAAUUCCAUGACGUAGGGUGCUUGGAAUUGGACGACGCGGUUAAAAGUGUCUAUACCAAAGUAUUGGAAAGAUCAGAUGUGAACAGUCUGAUAGACUUGAGACUUAAGUCACCGUCGCCCUGGAAUCAGGGCCUUCGGCUUGGGGAUGGUGGUGAUUUAUUAUCAGAAGAGGACAGUGAAGUAGCUAGAGAUGAUGCUGUGAAUAAGAAUGUGGUACUCGUGGAAACUCCUGGAAAGGAAUCGAGCGCCGAAGACGUUCUAACUUUCUUGCGUGAUGCCAACUCUAUAUUCGAAAAGUGUCUUGAGGACGAAGAAAAAUGGUAUGUCAACCCCAUGGCAGGUACAAUUGAGGACUGCUACGACGUACAACGCACCCCUGAGAGAGAAAACCUGAACUUCGCUAAGUACUCACCCUUAACUCGACGAUCACACGAGCGCACUGCUUUAAAGCCAUCAAUCGGAAACAGGCGCGUGUGGAAUGCAGAUUACAGAGUGCUCCCUCUAACAGAAUUGGCCCCUGCGUCUCCCUUGCAGGUCAUUCCAUGCCGGCUAUCCAAGGAGUCUGUUACACUAGUUUCAGAUACCAGGUGUAUGGACGAGGAAGUUACAGCACUCCGUGUAGAAUGCGCUGCCGUUGUGCUUAAAUUGAAGAGUAAAGUGAUGACGUCUCUAAGGAAGGAAGCCGCAAGAUGCUUGGCAGAGCAAAACUUAUACUCAACUGAAAUGAAAAUCCUAGUUGCCGUGCUUCUAGCAGCAGUUGCUAGAUGUUGGCGAGAGACGGUACCACAAGCGCUGGCUGCGCUCGGUCUCUCUCCGUCUGAAUACAACAGCUGCCUUUUAAACAAUACCCAGCGAAAAAAACCAAAUGUUUCAGAAUGUGCCAGAGACACUGAUGGCUGGAGACAAUUUUUGGAGGAGGAUGACACUAAUGACCACGAAGCUGAGCAACGAUCUAACCGAGUGGCCGCAUUGUGCUUAUGUGCCUCUAAUUUUGAGCAAUUAAGUAUAUGCAAAUCUUCAAAAUAUAAUGGGAGAGAGGAAUCACCAGAAAUGGAAAGCACGAGCUUCUUUUCAUGUGCUCCUGAAGAAUGUUUCAAAUCAUCAGAGAAUAUCGAGGAAGGUGAGCAGAUCGCACCCGAUACAAGUUGCAGUCAUCAGCAUUCAGAGGAAUCCCCAGAAUCGCUAGGGAAGUUCGUUAGCUGCUGGGAGAAUCCCUCAAAGUGGCUGAAGAACACAUCAGCUCAGGUAGCAGAUAUGGAGUUGCAAAUGAAGAGGCUACAGCAAGAUGUCUUAAAGUUCGAAGCAAAUUGGGAGAUGAAGGAACAGACGUAUUUACGUGGCAAUGUUGUGGAGCUUGAGUCUAAGGCCACCGACGUUGCGGGGCUUCCUCAAUCGGAAGUAUCUACGUAUUGUGACCGAAAGCGUAAUCAUGAGGCUAAUGAAAUGGGUUUUGCCGAGCUGAGACGAGAACUUCGGUGGAAAGAGAGAGAAAUUGCAGAGUUAAAAAGUGAAGUAGAAUCUAGAGAAAUUUUAAUCGCGGACAUGGAGCGGAAUCGCAAGGAUCUUAUGCAAGCUGAAUUUGCGGAAAUGUCACGACAAUUGAGGUCGAAAGACUACAAGAUUUUAGAGUUGAGUAGUGAAGUUCAGUUGAAAGGCCUCGAAGUUGCUGACCUAGAGCGACAAAUGAAGGUAAAACUGCACACGGAUGUGGCUGAGAUGACACGACACAUCCAGUUAAUAGAAAGCAAGUUUUUGGAGUUGACGACUAAGCUACAAUCAAAAGAUGUUGAAAUAGCGGACAUCGAGCGCAACCAAAAGGAAUUCCUUUUGGCGAAGGAUGAAGAGUUGGCUGCAUUGCGAGAGGAAUGUCUUCGGGGUCACGCUCAUCUCGACAAAGUUGCCACUGCUGCACAAUCAACGGAAAUUGAAAAACUAUCUAUGAUAUCAAAUUUGGAGAAUCUUUGUGGUUUCAAAGACAACGAGAUUUCUAAACUGAAGCAGGAACUUCGAAGUGUCGAAAUGAAAAUAAAUUCAUUCAAGCCAUUCCAAUCUCCGACCAAUAAUUAUGGCCGGCGAAGUUCCAAGAGCAAUCACCCCUCUCAAGUUAAUGAACUCGAAGUGACCCUGAUUGACUCGCAAGAACCACACCUGCAUCCAACACCUCAGAGUCCUAACUGCAGCAUUUGCCGGCAAAUUGAAAAUCUCCACCCCCUCGCUUUUAGUGAAGACGAACCUUCUAUAGCACCUACAAAGGUUUCAGAUGGUUGUCUUGCAGCAGCGUAUGAGGUGGAACACCAUGAACCAUGCUAUAUAUCACCUCCAAUGCCUCCAAUACCAUGCUAUGUAGAAGAGCAAUUGGAUCCUAAGGAAUGCGACCAAGGUCUACAAGGCGAGAUGGAAGGACUGGCUGGGGCUGGAGUCUUCAUGUCGCACGAUGCCAGUUCACAGAAUCCAACAACCCUAGCACAGACAAUGAGGCCGAGGAAAUCGAACAACGCCGUCUUGAAAACUAAAAGAACAGAUCUCCGUCGAGUGUCGAUGUCAACAACUGGCAAAAAUCCACCUGGUCCAAACCGGUUGCGGGCCAGUUUGACAUUUACGUCUGCAGCACACUCACAACGGAGUGGGCUGAAGCACCAUUCCAAGGGCACUGAGAACCCUGAGAAGAAACUGGUUCACAAGCCUACGAAACUGAGAAGGAAGUUAGUUGUUAGUCCACCAAGAGCUGGUCAACCUGGUGUGAAGGUGCUAGGUCCCGUUUCGAAUACCUUUGUGAAGACCAUUAAGAUCUCGGCAGACCAGAAUCACGGCGCCAACCCCCUCGUUAGCGAUGCAGAUGGCAGACUGAAAGAGAACUCUGCUUUCAAACGUAGACGAUGGGCGGCAUGAAAUUCCGCCUCGAUUGGUACCUAUCACUACCUCUCGUGGAAAGGAAUACUGAAGCUGUCCCGUAGAGGGAUAUGUAUUGUUUCAUAAUUGUCAGAAUGUUGACACUAGAAUUAAUUCAAUUUUAGCUUCCAUCUUGGAAGCGGCAGUGGAAAACAAGCCAGGAUUAUUAUCUGCAAAGCAGUUAGCUUUUUCUCUGAUUAUAUUGAUCAAA